CCCACUCCUAUCCCUUCCCUUUUCUCCCCGACCACACCGCCACCAGUAAGUGACUUGUGGAUCUCCGGUCCGGUUCUCUCUCCGCCCGAGUCCAGAUUGUGCAGCGCGCUCCGCCGUGUGAGCCACAGCCCAGCCCUGGAUUCAAUACUCCUGCUCAAUGGACAGAGCCUCCUCAGCGGCCAGCAGCGCUACCGACACGCCGUAAACAACUCGUUCUCCCUGGCUGGAGCUCCUCUGGGGAUCUGGAGGAGGAUGGAGCGAGGAGGGGAGAGUCCCAUCACCCAGGACAGUCCUGAGAGGAGGGGGGGCAGCCCGGACCUCGGCGUCCUCGCGCCGCCGGGGAAGAAAGGCCGCCUGGAGCUCAACGGGAGCCCCACCGGGCCCCGGAUACAUCACAACGGGGCCCCUCUAAGGCCCCUCGGAGGUCUCAUGAUUCCAGUCUUCUGUGUGGUGGAGCAGUCGGAUGGAGGGAUUCAGACGGACGGGUGCGACGGAAGAGAGGAGCAUGCCGAGUUUGUGCUGGUCAGGAAGGAUAUCCUCUUCUCCCAGCUGGUGGAGACGGCUCUGCUGGCCCUCGGUUACUCCCACAGCUCGGCGGCCCAAGCCCACGGCAUCAUCAAGGUGGGCCGGUGGAACCCGCUGCCCGUCCACUUCCUGACGGACUCACCGGAGGCCACAGUGGCCGACAUGCUGAUGGAGGUCUACCACAUGGUCACGCUGCGCAUCCAGCUGCACAGUUUUUCCAAGCUGGAGGAUCUGCCCUGUGAGCAGUGGAACCACGCGACCGUCAGGAACGCUCUCAAAGAGCUGCUGAAGGAGAUGAACCAAAGCACUCUGGCUAAAGAGUGCCCUCUGUCACAGAGCAUGAUUUCCUCCAUCGUGAACAGUUCCUACUAUGCCAACGUCUCCACUGUUAAAUGCCAGGAGUUCGGUCGUUGGUACAAGAAGUAUAAGAAAAUCAAAGUAGAUUACCUGGAGAAGAUGUGGUCCGGACGAGACGCUGCCGACAUCAAAAUCGAGAGAGACAACAUGGCGGACUUCUGCAUGCUAGGCCAGAGGCCUCCUCCUCCUCCUCACCUGGCCGGCCUGGCCCAGCUCAGUCACCUGGGAGCCGGCGGCCCCCUCCUCAAGGGGGGCUCCGGGGAUCUGCAGGCGCCCUCCCAGCCGCCUCAACAGCCUCCUCCGUCCCAGCAGCAGCAGCAGCAGCCCUCGCCACACGGCCCCCACCACCACAGCCCUCCUCUCCGCACGGGCCAGGGGCCUCAUCCGCCGCCCCCGCCCGGCUCCAUGCAGCCCCUACUGGGGCCAGGGGGGCUGCUCUCCCCUCAGCUCUCCCCGCAGCUGGUGCGCCAACAGCUCGCCAUGGCCCACCUCAUCAACCAGCAGCUGGCCGUUAGCCGCCUGCUGGCCCAUCAGCACCCGCAGGCCAUCGGCCAGCAGUUCCUCAACCACCCGCCCAUCCACCGGGGUUCGUCCAAAGCCGUCGGCGACCAUCCCGGGAGCAACCCCUCGGCCGCCGAGGUCUCCUGCGAAAUCUACCAGCAGGUCAGAGACGAGCUGAAGAGAGCUAGUGUCUCCCAGGCCGUGUUCGCCCGUGUGGCUUUCAACCGCACACAGGGUUUGCUGUCGGAGAUCCUGCGGAAGGAGGAGGACCCUCGCACGGCCUCGCAGUCGCUGCUGGUCAACCUGAAAGCGAUGCAGAACUUCCUCAACCUGGCGGAGAGCGAGAGAGACCGGAUCUACCAGGAGGAGAGGGAGCGCACCAUGAACCCCACGGUCGGCCUCCCCGCCUCCAACUCCUCCAACCCCGGCCCCCCACGCCUCCCGCAGAAAGUGUGGGAGAGAGGCAUGGAGGACCAGAUAACCCCCGACACCUGGGCCUCCAUCUGGAAGAACAAGACUAAAAUCUCCAACUCGCCAAAGCCGCCGGGCCCCGCCUGCGACCUCCCGCUGAAGCUGGAGUCGCUGGUCAACAUCACGUUGGGAAUCUACGACGAAAUCCAGCAGGAGAUGAAGAGAGCCAAAGUGUCCCAAGCGCUGUUCGCCAAGGUGGCCGCCAACAAGAGCCAGGGCUGGCUGUGUGAGCUGCUCCGGUGGAAGGAGAACCCCAGCCCGGAGAACCGCACCCUGUGGGAGAACCUGUGCACCAUCCGGCGGUUUCUGGCGCUGCCGCAGACCGACAGAGACCUGGCGUACGAGGAGGAGUCCAGACACCAUUACUCGGAGAGGAUGCACACCGUCCUCCACCUGCCGCAGGACACACAGCUGUUUUGUCUUUCUCGCCAGGCACUCCACAGGCCACCCCCGACCCCGAUGAAGGAGCACCGGCUGUCUCCGAUGCGCGAGGAGCAGUCGGCGUCCGCCCCGGCCAACGACGACGGGUCACAGAGCACGGGGCCGGGAGCCGGCGAGCGGACCGCCGGCUGCGGGAGCAACAAGAAGCCGCGAUCGCGCACUAAGAUCUCCCUGGAGGCCUUGGGCAUCCUGCAGAGCUUCAUCCAGGACGUGGGCCUGUACCCGGACCAGGAGGCCAUCCACACCUUGUCCGCGCAGCUCGACCUGCCCAAGCACACCAUCAUCAAGUUCUUCCAGAACCAGCGCUACCACGUCAAGCACCACGGCCGCCUCAAGGAGCUGGGCGAGGGCGCCGCGGCCAGCGGCGGCGUGGACGUCAGCGAGUACGGAGAGGAGGAGCUGCUCUCGGGCUCGGAGGACCCGGAGUCCGGCGAGGACGGCGCCGAGGAGCUCUACCAGUCGGCGGAGGGGAGCGGCGUGAGCGCCAAGCGGCCGCCGGCCUCCUGCGCCUCCAACUCCAGCCGGUCGUCCUCGGCCGGCAACAACUCUCCGGAGGAAGGCAAGGACAAAGGGCACGGCCGGCCCGGUGGCCCUCUGGCGCCCGGAGGCUCCUCCUCCUCCUCCAGUCCCCGAGAGCAGGCCGAAUACCAGAGGUAGAGACCGACGGCCGGGGAGGAGAGGAGCGGGAGGGAGAGAGAGGGGGAGGAGAGAAGAUAAAGGGGAGGGAUCAAAGGAAGCGAGGAACUGGUCACGACGCCGAAAAAACACCCGGAGACACCUGUGAACACCUGACGGGUGGAGUGAGAAUACCUCAGCGAGACGGAGGGUGGUGCAACUGUGAACGAAAAGCGGAGAAAGAAACCAUUUAAAGAAUCAAUCGAGUCAAUUAACAGGUAAUCUAUUGCUGCUCACGCCUCCCGAUUUACAAAGCCCACACGAAAUCCCCAAGCGUCGGCCAAUCGCCGGAUGAGACGCUCCGAGGAGGCGGGGUUUCACCGGAGCCCCGCCCGGUCACGUGAGACGGAUUUCGGAGACCUCUCCGAUCCUUUGAAUCCUCAGGACACGCACACUGGUGUUGCCGACGCUGUCGCCCCCGACCUGAGGGGGUGUGUGUGUGUGUGUGUGGGGGGGCCCAGUCCUUCCUCGCGGCGGGAGAAAUGUCCAGGAAGGGAAGGACGGAGCGGAGAUCCAGCCGCCAAACAAUCAGUCGCUCCUCCACUCGUCCUCUCUCCAUCUCACUCCCUCCCCCCUUUUCCUCUCUCUAAUUGGCGCCCACAGUCUUGUGUCUCACCACACCUACCCGCACUUAAACUUCACCAACCCUAUUUAUUGCUAUCUUUAUCCAUGAUUAUUAUUAUCACUAUUGUUGUUAUUGUUGUUCUUAUGGUUAGGUCUGCUGUCAUCGCGUGCUAUUUUUAGUUUUUUAUUUCCAUGGGGUUUUCAGAACUGGGCGUUGGUUUGGGAAACAAGAGACAUUAGGAGCGCUCUGCCCUAAAAGAAGAAGAAGAAGAGGAGGAGGAGGGGGAAAGAAACAUUUUAAAAAGAAGCAGUUACUGAGUGUUAUUUGGUAAAGAAGAAAAAAAAGUCCCCCCAUUUUUAUAGGUCUGUUUCCCAAAAAAUAGGUAAAUGAGAGAAAUAGUUAAGUGAGAAAGCAAAACUCAGUUGAUGACAAUCUACUUUUUUGAGCCAUUAAAGAAAUGUGGUUUGACUCUGGUCUUCACUUUUGAUGUCUGUAAAUACCCGACACACACGGGACAAAUUGUUAUUGAUAAGCUUUUAUUUUUGCGGAGUGACUUUAAAGUGUUUGAGCCAGUUUGGACUCUGUGAAAUCAAUUCAUUUCAUUUCAUUGUGCCGGAUUCAAUCACAGUAUUUAAAGAAUUCAGGUUUUGUUUUUUUGGUUUGUUUUUGCUUGGUGUCAGUCGUGUACAAGUAUACAGUAUGUUGAUUAGGAAACAAAUUAUAUCGGAGAACGGAUAGUGUCCACGUUGUUUGACUAUCCAGAUCGGCUGCUACACUUUUACUGACUGCUCCGAUCGAGACGUACGAUGCUUUUGUGCUUUUCUGUGUGACAGGAAUCGGGGUCGGACACAAAUGCAGCUCCAAUGAAAUAUGAGUUCAUCCAGCGUUGAAGUGAAUUAAAAUUUGUGAA